GAUCUAAAUGUGCUCAGGUACACUCCUUCUUUGAUUUGAUUUGAUUUCAGCAAAGUAAGUACGUUUUUGGUUAUCAGGAUUGUGCCUCGUCAUGAGUCUUUUCAUUGCAAAGGCUGCCGGGUUUCAGAAGCUGCGGGCUCCAAACCGCUUGCGGUGGUCUGUUGGUCGAGCCCCACUGUUUCUGAUGAUCCUCGUCCACCUUCUCUUGGCGCAUUCCUUUAUCCUGUGCAAAAGUAUCGUACUCGUAGUAAUCGCAGCCAUGCAUUAAAAAUCUUCAUUCCAAGGCAAAACAGCAUGACAAAUUCCAUUUGUAAUGCUGAGCUAAUUUGUAUUGCAAUUACUACUAGUGCGAUACUUUUGCAGUUCAUAUCCUGCGUUCUUGCGGUACAAUCUGCAGGGGGUGGCAGAACCAAGGAAAACGCGGCGAGUUUUCCUGCAGAUGGUACUUACAUCUGGACCUGUUGGCGAGCUUGACGAUGUUGAUGAUUAUGAUGAUGAUGAUGAUGAUGAUAUCCUCACACAAAUAAGACUGCCGCAAAGCUGUGACAUCAUUCAUAUCAUGGCCACGUCGUUUGUGGUUAUUCUCUCUCCUUUCAUUCAUCUUCCAUCGACGUUCAGAAGAUUGAUAUGUAGCGUGACCUGGAUUGCUUUGCCUGUCAAAGAAACUUUUUCGAUCUUCUAUAGUUUUACGACAGUUUCAACAAAGGACGACAGGACCAGCAUUGCACUAGACCAGAAUUAUGAUCGAGCUUUGUGUUUCUUUUUCUGGUUCGGUUUCGCUUGCAUUGAUUCACACUGUCACCGGCUCCUGUUGUGUUUCUGUCAGCGCAUGUUCUUCAAUAUCCAUUUCUGUGAGUGUGCGAGAUCCCAACAACACAACUUCAGGAUCGAACACGACCCAAGUUGUUAUUCCGGAGUCAAACUCUUCACCGACCUGGUCCUGGACUUCGUUUCUGACCCACCUCGGCUUCGGGUUUCCGUCCGUUUCGCCGCCACUUGAUCUGUCGCCUGGAAACGAAAGCAACUCCACGCGGGGACCACAUGGCAUGCUGCGGAGCAAGAAGACACCAUCGGGAUAUGUCGCUGCGGCGGCAAAUUUCUUCGAGUGGUUGGCCUCGUUGUUCGUGCACGGUCUCUACUCUGACGAACCCGACGAGGCGCAGCUCGUUGUGACAUCAAACAAAACCUAUGUAGGAGGCCGCGGUGAAGGACACGGUGGGAAGAAACCGCCCGGCUCAGCGUCGAUGGAAGAUUCCAGGUCGCAUAAUCCGCAGGAUCAUGGGAUUGUGGAGGAUCAUAUGCUUUCAUCUCGGAGCAGUACCACGUCUGGGACUCUGUCGCCGCCUGAUCGGAUUGAGCAUGACGAAUUGUAUGGUGUAUCCGGGCAACUGGAAUACAACAGCGUCGACAAGGACGACGGGGCAGCAACCCGGCGCAGUGCAGACGGGCGUACCGUGAUCAGCUCCUUUCUGGAGGAAGAGCACAUCGAAACAAAUAUGGUGAUUUCCAACUUGGACGUGGAACGGGAACGGCACAGUGCUGGAAAUUUUCCCGCUCACGAUCUCGUUCCAGGCGAAACGAGCCCGGAUCCAGCGUCUGUGCCGUCAGCGACCGCACAGAUUUCCCCGGCGACGGCGCCAACUGCUGGGAGACCGAUGCAACCCCGGCCACCUGAUGACCUGCGCGUCGCACUUCAGCUCUACGAGAAGUGCGCAGUAGCUUGGCCGUUGGACCCGGAGCUAGAAGUGGUGCAAGGGGAUCGUAAUGAGACAGCCGCAUCAACAGCAACAGCAAGUAGAAGAAAAACGCGCCGUCUUGUUUCGGUAUCGCCGCCAUCUGGGGAGGGAGAAGGAGCAUCCACGUCCUGGGUCUGUGCGUGCGAAGGCGGAGACGUAGAAGCACAGGCGGCAAGUGGUAUAAGUCCUGGGACUACUUCCAGCGGCGACAUUAAUAUUUCCACUUGCCGCGGUAUUCCGAUGAUUUAUAAAAUUGACAAGAAGAAGACGGGCGGUUGGAAAAACCGUGGUGUCGAGAUCGUAACAAAAUUCCAACAUCACGUCAGCCCAGCAGUCGGCGCCGGCGAAAUGAUUGAGGUAAGCUCUACGUUCUGCAAACAUUUUCUGAACUACGAGCAGAACAAAGAUUACAAGCUGAAUAAAUGGGAAUGCGCGCUCACGGCAGCAGCCGCACAAAAGGGAGUGCUCAACUCCCUCAUGCUCAACGACUUCUUGUCGAGUGCCACUUCUUUCCGCCGAAGCGAGGGCGCGUUUUGCUGCAUGGCACCAGCAGUACCACAGAUGUCGCAGGACACCGGAGAGGACAUCGCGGAGCUAACUUGCGGGGCGCUAGAUGCGCGAGGAGCUAUUCUCGAUAGCGCCAGGAAAAGCCAGGACGGAGUACCCUUGAGGGCGGUUACCAAUGGUCAUGAUUUAGCUUCGAUCCUGCGUGUCGAGACUCUGCCAGAAAGGUUUUCGGCUGGGAAGUACCACGAGGAGUCAACACUCGAAGGUGGUCCAUUCGCCGUGUGUUUGCCUUCCGGAGAGAGCUCUGCGGAGGAGUUUUUUAACGACGUCAUCGGUUAUCAUUGGUCUGAUGAAGCUGAUAGCGAUCCGAACACAGCACCUACUGAGGAUGAUGUCGCGGCCGUAGCGGACGGCAAAAUGGAUCCGAUCAUCCAGCUUCUGACGGCGAUGGUUGACAAUUUGCGCGAUGUUGGGGACACCAGCGAGUCCACUUUGAAGAGAUUCGCAGAGACGCACGCAUUCCAUCGGAAUGUAAUGAGUCGCAGCGUACUCGUGCGACACGUAAACAACAAAAUCCGCCUGGCGGUGGUCGAUUACGCCGCUUCCUGCUGUCCGCGAUCGCGAAUGGCGGUAGACGCAUGCAGCACCGGUGAGAAGAGCGAGCGCAUCGUGAAAGUUUGCUCAGAAUUGACGAAAGCGGAGGCGGGGAAAUUUGAACCGGCCGGGACUUGGGAUUACUGGUCCCCGGAUCACUUCACUCUAUCACCGCUGAUGAGCAGCAAACCUUCGCUUUUUAAUGCAGAACGUGGAGACCGAUUUUCCUGGGCGAUUAUGACAGUGUCCGCGAUUCUAUCUGUGUGCGGAUGGGUUCCGGCACACACGGACAUCGAACGCCACGCCCGCUCCACCCUGCUAUUCGGGUUUGGCGAGGAUCCCGACAGGGGUCCAGCCGAGAGCUACCCCUCGAAGGACAACUACCACAAACUCAUGGCGGUGCAAACAGAGGACGGUGCGCCGGGUGGGGCCGUUUGGAAAAAGUCUGACACGAACGGCGACGGUGUCGCGCUUUUGAACAAGCUCGCAAGUACUAUCGAGCGGAAGGGCGACGACGAGCAGGAGCAGGAACUACUCGGUGAAGUCGCGAGGCGCGAGAUCAUGGCACGGUGCAGCAAGUUCGGGAAAAAGAUGCACGCGGAUUAUUGGGGAAAGAAACGCACAGAACGGCUGAAUGUCGAGAAAAUCACGGCAGCAAUAGACGCAGCCAUGUCCAUUGUCAUGGAUGGAGAAUCCGGCUGGGCUGCCGUUGCCAAAGGACUGCUUGGUAUAGCGCCUGGCGAAAGAAUCGACGUGGCAGGAGGGUCUGGAACUGGAAGUGCGAAGGUGAAAAAAUGGCCAACGCGAUACAUGUGGGGCACGCUAUCUCCGGACCCGAUGUCUCUUCUCGAUGGCCACGCCACCAAUAGCGAAACGGCGCUCACCGUGUCAGCUGUUUCAACCUCGGGGACGCAACCUGACACCAACAGCACCCAAGAUGAAAACACAGGAUCACAAGCGACUAGCGGAACAGUCCACGGAGACCUCGAUGAUGACCUACGUGUCGCACUACAGCUCUACGAGCGCUGCGCAGAAAAUUGGCCAGGUGACGACAGAAGUGAUACGCCUUCAAGUAGAUUAGCGCGACUAGUUUGGGUAUUACCGCCAUCGGAGAAUGACGGCGCUGAGCAGGUCGCUGUGUAUCUGAGAAAAAAUGCCAGCAGUAGCACUGUGCACCAGCACCACCACGAAUUAAGAUGCAGUGCUGGAAUACAAAUAAGUAUGAUAAAGAAAGACUCUAGCAUGUUGUCAUGCCCAUGCGUAUUAGUUCUACGUACUACAGGCGCAGGGGCAGGAGCAGGACUCUUAGACGUAGUACUUACUACUUGUACUACCAGACUUGUUGAGAACGCUACUUGGACGCAAGGAGUCUUUCGUUCUGGAAAAAUUCAUGAAUAGUGACAGCGGUGGUCAUUAGUUUUUUCUGUUUCAUAUUGUGGACGUCGUGGAUAGUAGAAGGGAAAGUAUCCAUUCAUCGGGAACUACAACCAUCUCAUGGCUUUGCGCGUGCGAAGGCGGACCGGUUACCGCUGACGGUCCCUCAUCUGCUUUGUACAAAAAUACGACCGGUCCCUCUGAAAGCUUUCACUGCCGCGGGACUACAUCAAUUUACAAAGUUAAGAGCCAGGAGUGGAGCAGUAUGCGGAUCAGGGGCGCUAGUGGCUUGAGCGGCGUCGAAAAGGUAAAAAAGUUCACGCACGUCGAAGAGGGCCCCAGCUCCUGUGGUGGUUCAUCGGCAGAAUGA